AUGAAAAUGUUGAACCCUGCAAACGGAGAGCAGCUUCAUCUGGCGAACUAUGUGGAGGAUUACCUGGACUCCAUCGAAUCUCUGCCCUUCGAUCUGCAGAGAAACGUCUCCCUGAUGCGGGAGAUCGACGCCAAAUAUCAAGAUAUUUUAAAGGAGCUGGACGAUUAUUAUGAAAAAUUCAAACGAGAGACUGAUGCAGUACAGAAGAGGAGGUUGUUGCACUGCAUACAGAGAGCAUUGAUCCGGAGCCAGGAACUAGGAGAUGAGAAGAUCCAGAUCGUCAGUCAGAUGGUAGAACUUGUUGAGAAUAAAACUAGGCAAGUUGACAGUCAUGUAGAACUAUUUGAAACCUGCCAAGAGAUUAAUGACACAACUGGGAACAGUGGCAAAACAAACCAAGACAAGUCAAAGAAUGAAACAAUCACUCAGGCAGAGAAGCCCAACAACAAGCGGUCUAGACGGCAAAGAAAUAAUGAAAAUCGAGAGAAUUCUUCUAAUAACCAUGAUCACGAUGAUAUCACUUCAGGAACUCCAAAGGAGAAGAAGGCAAAAACUUCCAAGAAGAAGAAGAGAUCCAAAGCCAAAGCAGAGAGAGAGGCGUCCCCCGCAGAUCUCCCUAUUGACCCCAACGAGCCGACAUACUGUCUGUGUAAUCAGGUCUCCUAUGGAGAAAUGAUUGGCUGUGAUAAUGAUGAAUGCCCAAUUGAAUGGUUUCAUUUUUCAUGCGUGGGACUCAAUCAUAAACCAAAGGGCAAGUGGUACUGCCCCAAAUGUAGAGGAGAAAAUGAGAAAACAAUGGACAAGGCAUUAGAGAAGUCUAAAAAAGAAAGGGCCUACAACAGGUAGUUUUGAAAUCUAAGGAGAAUAAAGCCGUGGAAGCAUGUAUUUAUUCUCUGUGUCAUCUUUUGUUGAGGUGCAAGGACUGUAAAAUGUAUAUUUUUAAAGGAAGUUAUAAAUCAAACCAUUCUUGUAACAGGGAUGGCAAUAUAGGAAAUGUU